AUGACUCCGAAGCAGUUCAUGCUUCACUACUUAACCUCACCAAACCCAGAUUUAGCUUACCUUCGACGAUAUUGGGCCCAGCCCACGGGAAUUGAGUCAACUGUUGGGUUUCUUGAGCAUCUCGGUGGUUUCAUCAAGAGGACUCCAACUGGCAGAGAAGCAUGGAAAGAUUUCAUCCAAGCCGAGGCGAUUGAGAUUCUUCGUGAUGAGGAGCUGCCAAGAGGACUCUAUCCUCAAGGUUCUUUCCAAAGCUCAACAACAGUUGUUGCCGAGUUCUUCUCUGCUGAUGCCAGAAACCGUCAAGAUGCACUGCUUGUCGAGCAUAUGCCAUUCUUGAACAAUAUCUUGAUGGGUAUGAUUCCAUCAGCCAAUCUUGAAGAAGAAACUGGGCCAUCGAUCAUCAACCCAGCAAAUCCCAUUGUCACUGGUGGCAUUUCGUCUUUGGAUGAAGAUAUCUCUGGUGGCCUGACUGGCAUAGACAUAGAUGUUGACUAUGUUGGAUACGAGGCAAAUGCUGAUAGACAUGAUGCUAGAAGCAUGCACUUCCGUAGGAUUGUCUUGACAGUCUGCUCAAUGAUGGCUUUUGCGGUCAACCGUCGAUGCAACUCUCUUCAGUUGAACAAUGCCGUACGUAUGACUGCAUGUGGCAUUUCCGAACGAGUCCAUGAGUAUCUUAAUCACAUAGGCUUGAGUGCGUCACGUUGGUCAGCCUUGUCAGCCUUGAGGUCUCUGGCUUGCGAGGCAGCAUCAGAUGUUAAAGCAGCAAUGAAGCUCAACGAUGACAUCCCCAUUGCACCAACAAUUUGCAUCGAUAAUAUUGACAUGGAACAACGAGUUCAUAAUGUCUCAGUUGGUCACAGGUCUCAUCUGUUUCGUGGCACAUGGGGUUAUGUACAUGUGCCCAACAAGGAGUUGGUUGGGACCCUUGUCCUGUCCGACUUGAGCCUGGCCAGUUACCAUGCUUCAAUUGAGAAGGUCAAGUCGAUGACCAUCAACCCAAGCAUAUUCCUGCCUACUCCAGCCGAGGAAGAUAACGAUGCCAAGGUCUGGAAAGCUCAGAUCGCUAGGGUUCUACAUCAGUAUAUUGCAAUCCCUAGCAACCCUGCAACGGCAAUCCCAAUGUCAUCACCGGUUAUUGAACAGAUUCAAGCAAAGAAGCCUUCGAUUCACAUGCUUAAACUGAUGGAUGCAUCAGAUAACUCGGCCGAAGGGGUUGGCCAAGUAUUCCAAUUGAUCUUGGCCCAGUCUGGCCUCUCCGUUGAAGAAUUCUUUGGCCGCGUCCAACCAAUGGAUGGCGACUUGGGGACGGUGCAGAAUUUUAACUGCUUACGAUCUCAGAGGGCUCCAAGUGCGUAUCCUCAGGACCAGCUCAAUAAUGUGUUAUUCCAAUUAGGGGCAGCACAUACCCUAUGGAACAUCGCCACCGCUAUCUUCACCCAUCACUUUGGUGACACGAAUGACUCAAAAGAUUGUGGGGCCUGGCAAUAUCUGCAGGCCUUGGGUUUCCCAGCUGAGAAAGCCAUCCAGAAGAAGGAUUUCUCCCUGAUGAUUGAUCAGAUGGAAAAGAUAUUCGAGUCUAUGCUGUAUUACUGUCUACGUGUGAUCAUGAAGACUGAGCGUAAACAGGUUAAUGGUGAACAGACGGUCAUCCCAACGAUUCAAUGGAAUGCAAUUGUCAACGAGUGCUACAACCGCUAUUGCACUGCAAGAGCUCGAAAAGAAGCGGAUGCCCGGGAAUGCCCUAAGCUCCACAACAUGCUUGUGCAGCUACACGAUUUCUCGUCAGUGGUUGAGGCCAAGAGGUCAAUGAAGGCAGGAGAUGUCGGCCGUCUAAUGACAGUUUGGAAGAAGUGGAGUGUGAUGGCACAGUCCAUCAAGAAAAUCACAAACUAUUCGUCUUACCUCCCACGAAUGGUUGUGCUUCUCACGGGGGGACUGAACCCAUCUUUAAGCAAAUAUCUCCGUCACAACCUCCUCGUGACUCCAACUGGUCGACCUGAUCACUUUGUGGCUAAGGAUUUCUGGUUAGAAAUCCAGAACUACAGGCUCAAGUAUUUCCACAACAAGAGUGGUAUCGGCACACAGAUCAACCGAUUAAGGGAUAUCUUCUCCCCUAACAUCUUACUGCUCCAAGAGAUGUUACACUCUCUGAAGAUUGAAUGCGGAUUAAAAGUGAUCCAUCAAUCACGUCCGAACCUCAUCACCAUUAGAUCGCUUGAAAUGUUAACUUUGAUGGGUAAUAACCGAGAUAUCUUGGACCAAUGGCCCACUGCAAACGGCAAGGAGAUCAAAAAGAAAGUAAACACAUAUUUAGAUGGCAACAACAAGUUUAAAUCUAUCAUCCGAGGCAAGGAUCCCCAGCUCAAGCGAUUUAAAAAACACAUGAGCAGUAAAGUCGAAGGCAAAGCGCAUAAUCCAGAUGGGGAUGACGAAUCAACAACCGAAGAAGGCAACGAAUCAGAUGACUUGUGA